AUGAAGAAGGCGGAGUGGGCCAAAAUAACCCAGAGAAUAAACUCGGUGGGACUGUACGUGCGCACGAUUGAGGAGACUAAGAAAAGAUGGCAAGAUGCCCUAUCGAGUGUAAAAAAGAAGGAGGCCUUCCGUAGAAGGCAGAUGACAGGCACAGGAGGCGGACCCCCUCCUGAUCUUACUUUAAAGCCGUGGGAACGGAUUGUAUUGCAAGCUAUCCCAGAAGUGGCUGUUGUUGGCAUUGAGAGUGCUGCAGAUACUGGUGUCAAAGGUCGGACUAGUACUGUUACAUCAUGCAUACUUGAGGAAUCCAACAGCAUAAUGCCAUGCACUUCCUUGCAAUCAGGACCUGUAGAAACUCAGUUUAGUCCAGAGGGGGAUAAUGGGGAGGAGGAUGAAGAGGAGACAUGUGUGAUGUAUGUUAAUGAUCGACCCGCAGGAGAAUCUAAAACAAGCCAGAAGGGAAAAAAGAAUCGAAAGCGGGAGGAAGCUGUUGUUGAAGAUCCUACAUAUGAAGCUCUUCUUCAACUAAAAAGAAAAAGGCUUGCAGUUGAAGAGAGAAAAGCUGAUGCUUUGGAGAGGAUUGCUGUGGCUCUAGAGUCUGCAAUUGGGCAGGAACAGAGUUUAUCGUCGUUUUCUGACUGUCUUUCCCCAAUUAUAAAAGUUUCUAAAAUCUAUUAGUGAUUCUCUGCCUUUUUUCUUGCGCAGUUCUGGUGGCCACUUCCCCUCUGUAGAUAUGGUCAUUGUGAUGACUGAUAACUAUAUCUCCAUUUAGUAGGGGCACUCUCUCCUCGACAGCUUUAUUGUGCAGCCGCACACGUCUCAAUUAUCGGGGCACAUUUGGCAGGUUUGAAUGGUAACACUCCUCCACUUGGAUGAAGCUGCCCUGCAGGUAG